AUGGCUGAAUUGAUUAACAACUAAUACUGGUGUGUUUUUCUCAUUCAAUCUUUACAGAUAAAAUUGGAAGAGAAGAAUAAAGAAAUAGAAAUGUUUAAAAAUUUUCAAGCAGGCGUUCUGUUCAUCAGUAUUCUUUUAUUUAAAAAUGAUGUUAAAAGUGAUAAAUGUAUUGACAACAUUUUAAAGGAAAAUAUGAAAUUGAUACAGAAUGAUAUAAAUCAAAGAAUUGAUAAUUUGAUUAGUUCAGUCAACAAUCCAAGAUUAUCAAAACACAGUUUAAAACAAAUUGAAUGCAAAGGACAGAUAACGUUAAAUCAAAAAUUGAAUGGUAAAAUGAUAACGGAUUAUUUAAUCACUUCAAAGGAUUAUCCAUCGGAUUAUCCAAAUAAUCAUAAUUGUAUGAUAAUUAUGAAUGUUGAAGAAGCAUUUAAUGGGUACAUAGAGUUCACAUUUCACGAAUUCCAUCUGGAAUUUUCAAAAAAUUGCCGUUACGACUCUCUAACAAUUUCUGAUGAUAGAGAAACAGUGACUCUAUGUGGAAAAGGCCUAAUGAAAAAUUCUACUGCAAAUUUUGGAGAUAAUGUUAACGUUGGAAUGCAUCCGACAAUAAAUAAAACAAUUAAAUUGAAACCAAAUGGAGCAUUAGUCAUUCAUUUUAAAACUGGUAACAAAUUCACAAAAUCUGGAUUUGUUUUAAAAGUUAAUUUUAGAAAUGAUAAGUUAAAUUGUAAUAGAAAUGGAACAGUUAGUGAUAAAAUUGAUAAAAUUACUGAAAUGAUACAAACUAGAGAGAGUCGAAGAGAUGACUUUUAUUCAUCAGGUAACUACUCUGAUGAAAACACAACAAUUAGUAGUAAUAGCAGUAGCAGUAGUAGUAGUAGUAACAUUUCCAUGGAAAUAAACUCAACUACUCCUAUGCCCCAAUUAACACCACAAACAAGAGAAAUACAAAAAUCAGCAACGCUACUCGUAAACAAUAAAACAAUUUCUUGCGAUAGUCUAAAAUUUUCUGAAUUGGAAUUUGAUUGUAAUGGAAAAAGCUAUGAUAUCAUUUCAAAUAAUCCAUAUUUGCCCAAUUCAAAUUGUCGUAUUGAUUUACUACCUCCAAAAGAGAAGAAUGGGACGAUUUUUUUCAAAUUUAAAUAUUUUAGUACAGAAAGUAGUUUAGAAUGCAAAUACGAUUAUGUUCAGAUUGUUGAUGAUCAUGGAUUGACUCAUGAAUUCUGCGGAGAUCAAAUUCUGGGCGAUAAAGGGAAUACUUCCCUACAAAGUACACGCUAUCCUAAUGAAGUGGAUAUAAAUAAAACAUAUUUUACAAAAAUGAAAAAAUUAUUUCAAUUAAGAUUUAAAAGUGAUGAUGGAUUUAAUCAAUUCUCUGGAUUUCAUUUAAGAACAACAUUCUCUUGUCAACCAUUCGUUCUACCAGAGAGACAAGUUUUAUGCAAAAGGAAUAGUGAAAAUAUUCAAAUACACUGCGAUAUGGGAGAUUUAAGAAUCAUUGCUCCAAUCAGUAAAACUAAUAAAUGGUGUUCAAUUAUUUUAGCUGUACACAGAAAAAAGAUUGAAGUUGAAUUUGAAUUUCUCUCAUUCAAUCUAAAGAAAAAAACUGGAAUGAAUUACAAUGCUUUGCAAUUUGCUCUAAAUUUUCAGUAUAUUAAGUAUUCUGGAAAAGCGAAUGAAGUGGGUACGGGAAAGAAUCGAAUUAGCCUCUUCAGUGGAGAAGAUUUUAAACCUCCAAAACUGGGAACAACUUAUUACAUUAGCGAAACUGGAGAUUUAGGAAUCCAUUAUUCCGAAAAUACUGAUACUGUAGGAAAUUCAUUUGAAAUGAUUGCACGUGCAAAAUGUACUUCAUAA